CCCACUUUGAGAACCACUGAGUUAGGAUAAAUAUAUUUUUUCUUGCUAAAUUCCAUCCUCCAUGAAAAGUUUUGCAAGUAACAAAUGGUUAUAUUAUCUCUAGUCAGUGGUUCGACACCCCUAAACGAAGAGUUUCCUUAUUGGUGUUUUUGGUGGACUGUGAUUGGCCGAUGAUGCAUUCCUGGCGCUUUGCAUGCUGGUACUAACCAAUCGAAAAUUGUGGUGCUUAUUUUGAACUCUUUAAAAUGCGUUCCAAAGAUACCUUCCUGUUGUAACUCAUGGCAAAUUGUAGCAAUGAAUAAGCAAGAGACGUCAGCUGCUGCUAAUAGAACUGGAGGAGACACCAGUGACUGUCACCCCGGUGAUGCACAUAAAGUCAGCAAUGUUCCUGCAACUGCAGAGGUGAGCAAGGGAAUCGCCUCCCUGCCAUCUCCCGACAAAACCCGGCCAGAGAAGCAGCAAUUGGGUUACAGUCUCUUAGAAGAGACUCCACCCUGGGAAAGACAAUCAUUUGUGGACAAUACUUUUAACGUCUCCUUUCAAGAGGAUGUGGGGACUCCUGUCGCCACAGGUCGCCUGACCCCUGGUCUCAGGCGCCUUUGUUUGGAUGGGAGCCCAAUGAUGGCUUGGGCGAGGCCUGACAGGCACAGUCCUUUCCAGCAAGCCACUUCUCCAUCUCUGGUGAACGAGAGCCCGCCGGCGAGUUUUAUCGACUGUUCCAUCGCACCCAUCACACCCACUGGGCCGGCAAAUACGGUGGAUCUGCCAAGUGGCGCCGGCACUGUCAUUACUGUGCUCUUACCGGAUGUUGUGCCAUUGACUCCCCAAAAUGACACCAUGGAUGUGGGGUGUGGAAGCGGAAGUCCUGCUCUCAGCGUUGUUUUGCCCUGUCCCCAAAACACAGUGGACUCGCCUUGUAGGGACAGUGCAACUGCAGCUGUAGCCAAUAUUGACCGUCUAGCCGCAGACAUAAACGGCACCAUGGAUCUGCCAAAUGGCACCAGUAGUGCUGGGGCAGUUAGUGACAUCACAAUGAAUGGGGCCGUGGACCUGGCAGACUGUGUUGGCAGCACCGGCGCUACGCCUACUGGACAGGAAAACAUCACCGUGGAGAUAAGGAGUGAUUGCAGCAAGACCAUGUCUGAAGUUGCUUCCAGUAUCUCCACACCUGCUCCAGAGAUCAACAUCACCAUGGAGAUAAGGAGUGAUUGCAGCAUGACCAUGUCUGAAGUUGCUUCCAGUAUCUCCACACCUGCUCCAGAGAUCAACACCACUGUGGAUAAAGAGAAUGAUGGCAAGUCAACCACAACUGAGGUCAAAUCCAUCGUGCCUGUCCAUCACAAUACCACAGUGGAUUUUCCAAACGGAAAUGGAAGCGGCACCAGUGACGUGUCUAUGACUGCUCGUCACAAUGGAACAGUGGAUUUGGCAACCCCCGUUUCCACAAAACCUGCCAGAGAGAUGAAUAGCACUGUAGAGCUGGUGCGAAGAGGUAACAAUCCGCUUACCAUGGCAUCUGCUAAAGCAAUGAACAUCACUGUUGAGGUGCUGAGCACCACCACCAGUGCCUCACCCAGCGUGCCUACGGUGGCUCCGACCACCACCACUGCAAACGAUGUCACGCUGGCGGAGAGCCUGAGCGCGUCCCCGGAGAUGAUGGUGAAGCGCCCGCCGCUAGAGGUAAACGUGUUCAUGCUGGACGAGUCAUUGGACCUGCAUUCGGCCGGCCUGGUGACCUCCACGCCCAUGCCUGAGCACCGCGAGUUCUCCUUCUCCCGGCCCGCCAAAGUCAUCGGGAAGGCCUGCGAGGCCCGCAAGCAGCUGGUGCUCCCCUCCAACACCACCCCCCCCCCACCAAAACCGAUGGUGACCCACCGGGUGGAGACCCCCCUGCUGCAGCUCCAGCCCUCCCCUGUGAGGAAGGGAGAGAAGAAGCAACGGCCGGCCUGA